UAUGCUAGAUGGGAGUGCUUUGGUGACAUGUGCUUGCUUUUGAGAAAACCAGUAGUCUUCAGAUUAGGACUAGGAAUAAUUAUCGUGUUGAUUUUGUGUUUACCUGAAUUUUUCAAAAUCCAUGAAGCUAACACUGUAAUGGUGUCCUGCAUGGAUACCUGUUCAUCAAGUAACACCACUUUUCCACUUUGUACUUUUAACAAUUCUUACAAAAGAUCAGUGCAACAAAGAAGAGAAACCCAGACUAUUUUGCUGAAGGUCAUUAUAAAUAAUUCCAAUUUCCAAAAUAUUCCAUGUAUUUGCGAGUCAUCCUGGAGGGAACGACAGUCCCACUCUAAACAAACAGAGUGUGAGUCCAAGAGAUAUGUGAAUGUUGAUCAUCAAGGAUCAGGGUCAAUAGUUAAAAAAACAAAAGGCUCGCUUGAAGUGAAAACAGAAAAUGUUACUUAUUUUUAUAAAUAUUUCAAUUUCACUACGGUUUCCAAGAAAGAAGUGGAGCAUAAUACGAACUACCUGAUGGAAAUCCACAUCAACAAUUCUAUAGUCAGAGGACAAAAGGCUGCCAACGAACAACUAAAUCAUUCUUGUCUCUUGGCAAUGAUGGAAGACCAAAAUGGCUGUAUAAAUAUUUCACUGCAACUGAAGUCUUAUAUGGAAUAUCCAAUGUGUAUGACGAAGAUCACUUGGCUCACUAUGAUUCCAGUAGUUUUUGUAUUUACUGUUUUAAUCGUCAUCUACAAAAUAGUCCAAGAAAAUAAACGGAACUCAGAUUAUAAACAAAGAGUAGCAACAUCAGUUUCUACUGUUCUAAGAAGAAGGACUUCCAGACAUGCAAGAAGAACUGUAUCUGCUACUAACAUUCAUCCUUUUCCUGUAAAAACCAGCAAACAACAGGUACCACUUCCUGCACAGACCACAAAGAUUCUGCCUGUAAUUCCUGAACAAGACCAUUGUCACGUGGAUCAACUGUAGAACCAAGGCACCCACACAAACAACAGAAGAUAGGAAUUAUGCAGAGAAAACAGUGAAACUCAUAAGACAUUCUAGCAAAGGCAUGUAAGGAGUGAGCUCAGGAGGGAGAGGAAGAUUACAGAUAAGCUGCUUUCAUGCAGGUAUUUGUGAAGAACAGUAGGUGUGAUUUUAAAUUGCUGGGAUCCUUCCAAUUAUCCUUUUGACAGUUUUUCUGAAAAUCAUAAUUUCAGUGCUCUGAAGUGAUAGUACUGUUGUUAAAGUUAUCAUAAAAUCUGGUGUGAAGCUGCUGAAGGGAGAAGUUCCUACUACUACUGACCUACUGGCUUUGAGGGUUGGCUAUUUCUGCAAGACUUCAUUUUUUACACCAUAAUUCCUGUUGAUAACUAUGAUUCUAUAAGCUGCCCUCAGGCAGCUUUAAAUUGUUUUCAGAACCGUAUGCACUCAAUUAGGCAUUUAUUUUUUGAAUAUCAUGAUAGGUAAUUCCUCCUGUUUCUGCUUCCGUAAGAGAUUCUAGUCUUAAUUGCACAUUAAAAUGACAACUCCUCUCAGCACAGAAGAGCUCACAGAGUGAGAUUGCUGAGCACAUUCCAGGGUACUUGGCACAAUUACUGGGUCCUGCACUAAAUGCAUGCCAGGCUGUGUUUCUCUCCAAAAGAGACACUAAGGGUUUCCAAGGGAAGCACUCCUGCUUGCUGGUAGAACUGGACUAUAAGGGGCACUGUGCAGGCUGUUUAAACCCCCUGCUCCAUUAGCUGGCAUCAAUUUUUGAUGCAGUCUAUCCUGCCUACACUUGUCAUUUGCUAGCUCACUUUGGCAGCUGCUGCCUCCAGUAUGAUUUCACAGCCAAGGAACACUUCUGAACCCAGUUCCUACCAUGUAAAAGAAAAUGUAGACAGAUGUUGUAAUGAGGCCUGCAGCUAUGGGAAGUAUCAGAAUGGGUGACAAGCUAUAUUUGCUUUUUCACUCAGUGUGCAAGUUAGAAGCACAGCAAUCCUGCACUUCCACUCCACCUCCCUCUUCUCCUCCCUCAGCAUUUUAUAGUUCCCUAAAAAGUAAGACAAGCUUGAUUGGAAUCUGUGAGCUCUGGGAGCUGCAAUCCAAAUUCACAAGUGUCAUUGAUGGUUAGUGAGAAGCAGUUCACUUGUGAAUGUGGAAAAAGCUGCUUUCAUUUCAUUGUUUCCAAAUUUGUCCUGCCAUAUAGCAGUAGAGAAUGGGAAAUGCAGUUGGGCACAGAAGAGCACUUCAGCUAGGUGGAUGUAGUGAAUGUUUCUGGCUCUGCUCACCCUUCCAUUGCCAGCUUCCCUGGAAAUGGGCAAGGCCUGGUGUGCUUUGCUCAAGUUCCUGUGUCACAUGCUCAUGGGGCAGGCACCUGAGCCACUACUCAGCUGCCAGGUAUCAGUCUCAGUCUUUUGCUCCAAUCUGAUGUGCAUCAUCUAUUUUGUCUGCCUUUUAGUUACAAUGUUGUUUUCUUUUGUAAUAAAGAAUUCAUUAUUGUGAAAGUAAAAUUUAUGACAUUUGAGAUAAAUUAGAGAAGACUUACCCUCCUCUUUUUUUCCUGACACUAUUUUCUUUAGUUUCAGGUAUCACCCUAUGAAAUACCAGCACUUCUAGAUGAAAGAAGACACAUCAUACACCACAGAAGAAAGCAUCCCCAUUUCCAGCUUGGGGGGGGCUAUGUUAUCCAUCUUUUCAUGGGGAAUGACAAUUAUGCAUUUUAGUUGACAAGUUCCAUUUUUUCCAUCAUAAUUACUUUGUAUUGAGAAAAUAUGAAUGAUGAACAAGCAUGUGUUGCUGCAUAAACACUUUGACAGCAGAGUACAGAUUUCACAUCUAUUUUCUGUUCAUUCAGGAUUCAUACUUAGUUAUAUAGUUAUGAAGUAAUCUUUGUGAUAAUUACAUCUUUUUAUCAGGGCAGAAAUUUAUUUUAUAUAUUCCAUAGGAUAAGAAGUCUGUAUAAAGCUAGGAAUUAUCCUCUACUUUCAUGAAAUGAGCACAAUUUUCAACCUACCUAAUGUUCUAGAUGACUAAGAUGCCUAAAAGAUAAAGUUUCCGGCUGUUGAGAAGGGUGGCCAUAGUAUUGCAGAAGGAAAGAAUUCUGCAGCAAGCAUGUUAGUUUCUGCAGUAAACCAGGAAGACCAUCAUAAUUUGUGCAAUAUCUUAGCAGAUAAAGAAAAAAAUGUGGAAAAAUACUAAUUUGGCUUCAAAUCACAAAAUUGUUAUUAUAGAUUUUUGAUAAUUCAUUAAGACAUUAAAUGGGUUCGUACUUUUUGAGAAAUUGCAUUUCCAUCUUUUGUUCUAGCUUGGAUCAUUAGCAUUCCAACCCAUUAUCUCUUGGAACUUUUCCUCACUUUCCAUUUACUACUGCUCCUCUGAGUGCAGUGGAGCAGUUUGGGCUGAGCAGGGUCCCAAACUCCUUUGGUGCUAACAAAUGAUUUGUGUGUACAGCUUAGCCAUCAGUUACCAGGCAGAGACAGAAAUUGCCAGGACUUCAGGCUCCCUUGUGCUAAAUCCAUCAGGAUGAACAGAUUGUAAACUGCCCAUUGCAAACACGAUAGGCAGCAAUUUAGCAUCCAGUAAAUACUUCAUUACCUCCAUUCCUUACAUUUACACAGCCUUUCCCUCCUGAAGCUUUCUGAAAUUGAAUUUUCCAGUCUACACUGAGCAGUUCAGAUUUAAUAGGAAUAGUCGUGAAUAUUAGCUUCUGAAUGAUUUGAGGGCAUAUGGAUUAUUUGAAUUUUUUUGGAUAAGUCUGAAACAUUUGUUUUGAUUGUUUUUUGUUUUACCAUCUUAUUAAAAAUAAGAGAAAAAUACUAAAAA